UCGCGGUGAGGCGCCGCCCCCUCAGUGCCGGGGCGCGGGGCGGAAGCGGGGGGGGGUUGGGGAGGGGGGGGGCGGGGCGUGGUGCGCGCGCUGCCCGCCGCCCUUCCCGCCGCAGUGCUCGGGCGCGUGUGCGGCCCCCGCAGCCCGCCGCCAUGGCCGACGAGCUGGACUUCACCACGGGCGACGCCGGCGCCUCGUCCACCUACCCCAUGCAGUGCUCGGCGCUGCGCAAGAACGGCUUCGUGGUGCUCAAGGGGCGCCCCUGCAAGAUCGUCGAGAUGUCCACCUCCAAGACGGGCAAGCACGGCCACGCCAAGGUCCACCUGGUUGGUAUCGAUAUCUUCAAUGGUAAGAAAUACGAAGAUAUUUGCCCAUCAACUCACAACAUGGAUGUUCCAAACAUCAAGAGGAAUGAUUACCAACUGAUAGGUAUUCAGGAUGGGUAUCUCUCCCUGCUGACAGAAAGUGGUGAAGUUCGUGAGGAUCUAAAGUUGCCAGAAGGUGAUCUGGGCAAAGAAAUCGAAGGAAAGUUCAAUGCCAAUGAAGAUGUGCAGAUAUCCGUCAUAAGUGCAAUGAAUGAAGAAUGUGCUGUAGCCAUAAAGCCUUGCAAAUAAAGAGGAUCGCCAGCCCCGGGCAACUGCUCAGGUCUGGACAAACCACAGAUCUUUAAAUUUGGUUCUGAUUGUCACCAAAGCUCUGGCCUUCACAAGCAACCUCAUUUCUUUUUUGAAUUGUUAAAAAGCAGUGCUGGAUUCUGGAUUAGUGUUGCAGGCUAACUGGCAGUUUUCAAAAUCACUGAGACUUUAAUUUCCUAAUUGUAACUAUUUUAACAUUCCUGUGGGUUUCAGCUAUGGAUCUAAGAAACCAAUCAGGUGUUACUAGUGGAUAUAUUUUUAUUUGCUUGAGCAAAACAGUGUUUGUCUGUAUGAACAGACAAAAUCCAGUAUUCAGGGGCUUUUAGAUAAGCUAGUAGGUAUCUAGGAUUAUAAAGUGACCUAGAGCACAAAUAGUAUUUUUCUUGACAUGUUUAGAUAGAACUGACAAUAAAAAGUAGCAAUUUUUUUUUUUUAAAGCUUAAGUAUUUUGUGGAUUGGGACUCUUGCAGAACUGUAGGUGCCAAUCACAAAUUUUAGACCAAGAAACUCAAGUGAUCAAAAAUGCCAGCUGGCUUGACCAAGCCCCAGUGGCCAUGUGCAACUUAACUGUAUUACCUCUGUAUUCUUCUUUGCCAACUCGUUGGCUUAUUGUAAUGUUAAAAUGGUGUCAAAGCCUACCUGUGGUUUAGGCAGGCAGUUGGAGUAUAGGGUAGAUAAGACAUAGAUAGGUCAAGGGGACACAAAGGUGAGAAUGGAUGCUAAAGCUAUAGACUUUCACUCGAGGCCUUUGUCAGACUUGAAAAAAAAAUAGAAAAAUGCAGUUCAAUUGCUUUCCUUUAUUGUAUUUAUCUUAAAGUAUAAAAGGGUGACAAACUCCAUGGGAAUCUGUUGCAGUGCUUCCAGCUUUAGGUUUUAAUCUUCAGGUUCAGACCAUAUUUUUGUAGCACAAGUACCACAUGUUUUUCAAAAAGUGGGACAAAUUGUAGCAUCGAGCCUAAACUAAAUGCAUGUGAUUCUUUUUAAAAAAAAAUAGAAUUAUUGUAUUUCUAAAAUAUAGACUUGACAGACAAUACUGAACAACCGUGGCUUAACUAGAAAAAUAAACAAGUUGCUACAUAGUUUAGAAAGCUCCUAUCCACAGGAGUCAUUGAAACACAUGCAUGCCUCUAUUUACUAGCUUAAUAGGCAAACGCAAAGCUUUUCCGAACUAGUCACAGGAUAACUAGCAUACUCCUCUUUAUGGCAUUCAGCUUCAAUUCUAAGACUUACUGACUCUUCAUGAGUGGGAAACUUCUUAGCCCAUGGCUCAAACCUUCCCUUACAGUGGGUAAACUGUUUCGUGGACUUGCCUUAAGCUUCAGCAGCUGUUAGCAGAUGGAGGACAACUUGUAAACACGCUGCAUGCUGCCCUGGGCAGCCGGCGUGAUUCAAACUAUAGGCAGUGAGAGUCAGACUUCACACUGCUGUUAACCUCUUAAAAUGUUCUUGGCUUAAUAGUAUGUACUCUAAUCCCCAAAGGGCUCACGGCAACUGUCCUGAACAGCCCUCGUACGUAGUGUGGUAGGGCUGAGCAAACCUCGGAAGUCUAACAUAGGUGGCAAAAACAUGCGUCCUUCAUAGACUUCUUAGGACAGGGAGAGCAGUUCAAUGAAGGUAAAGACAGCAAUAAAUAAACAUACUCCGGUAAUGAAGCACAGUUACCUGGGACACCUGGCAGAAGUCAGAUAGUGCCACGUGCUCUUGCCUAGCACAAUGCACGCUGCAGGUGAACUCUACAAAUAGCGCCUUGACUGAAGUGACAAAAUAGUUUUUUUAAAAAAAAAAGCAGUGGAAGCAAGAGAUGGAAAGGAAUUCAGAGCAAUUUCUAAAGACAUGCUUAAGAGUUUAAGUUAGUCUGUGCUAUGUUCCUUUCUGCCUCCAUCACUGGUAUCUGAGGGACAGGCUUUGUAGGGUUUGGAGGUGACUAAACCAUUGAUCGUGGUCUUAACAGCAGGCUGAUCUCUGUGAUCAGCUGUCACACAGGAAGUCAGAGGUUGCUGUGUCAUACUAGGGCAAGCUCUAAUGCUGUUACUGUGCUAUAAAUGCUUCUAAAAAUGCUUAAAGUCUACAAGACUUGGAUUUGCUCUCAUUGUGGUGGGGCUUUAGUCCACUUUCAGGUGCCUGUCAGUCCCCAGAAACCUUGUUGGAAGACAGGUAUUUGAUGCCACCGGCCCACAGUCUAGGUAUUUAAUUAGACUGUAAGUUCUCUGGGCUGUUUUUUAACCUGUUUAUACAAGUGGGCUUCUGGUCUGGAUGGAGUUUUCAGGUACUGCAGCAAUCUAAAGAUCAAGGUUUUAUGGCCUCCAGCUUGCUGGAAGAGCCCUCCUUGGGACUUCAGGAUGUCCUAUUGCAACCUUCAGUUCUGCAAGACUUAAAUGAUUCAGUACUUCAGUAUAGGUUUGUUCUUAUAUACUUAGUUGUCUUUUGUGAAGCACUUCAAACACUACGGAAGUGCGUAGCAUUGGUUUGUCAUGCAUGAAGUUUCCCAUAGGUAAUAAUACAUAAGCAUGAGUCUUAAGUAUAACCUCCAAGUUUCAGUAAGGUUGAACGUUGCUUCUAAAUUAGAACAAAUCUCUGAGACUUUUUUUUUUACAAGGUGUCUGUCUGCUGUCAGAAUAAUUUGCAACAAACUUUGCUUGUGAUCAGUAGUCCAUCUAGAUGCGUAUUUGUAAGGUUCCUAACCAAAUGCUUAGGGAAACUCCUCUUUCAUAGCUUUACUUUAAAACAAACGUUAUCCAUCUACUUGUUUUGUAGUACUGUCUUUAACACUUUAAAAGAAAUUGUGUCAAAACGGAAAGCUAUAAGCUGCUGCAAUUGCUUAAAAUAAAGGCUGAGAAGACUAGGAAGCAAAGAAAAGUAUUUCCACUCCAAAUAACGAUGCAUUUUUUUAUGGCUCCAAUCCAUUGAGUUUCUCAUGCUACUUUACAGAAUUGGAAAGACUGCAGUGUUUCCUGCCUCAAAUGUUGGCACAUAAUAUUUCAAGAUUUCAAUAGAUCCUUCUACUUUUUGCUUAUAAUGGUGGUUUUUCAACUAGGCUCUUGCUAGUUGAGCCAUGUUCUCAGGGCUGUUUUUUUUUAAGGAGUUAGCUGAACUUCAUUGUUUUAAUGUAACUGCUUUCAAGCCUCUUGCAGGUUUUUCUAACCCAUAACGUACCAAGAAAUGGUGCACAGUCUGUAGCUUCACAAUACAGGUAAUUUUACAGAAUCUGUAAAGAAGUCAAAUUUGUUGACAGUUGAAACUCUUAUGGUUACUGCAGGUCAGUCUUACAGAACUCAAAAAUCAAUAAAAUCCCACUUUUCUUUGGUUAAUUAGAACGUAGUUUGUUACAGUAGAAUUAAACUUCAGGAUAAAAAGACCUCGUAAAGGAUCUGUUGUACGUCUCACGCUGGGAAGCCACCGAAGGCUCGGCUCCUGUGGGUGUCAUGGAGCAGCGGCUCGGCGUGCCGGGACCCUCGGAGCCUCUUCGCCACCUCUGGUCCGGCCCCACGGUGUCUGGCUGCGGGAAUAACUCACCGUGGGAGCUGCCCUCGAUGUUUGCUGUGUUGCUGAACCCCCUCCUAAAUGUGCUGUGUGUUGUAACCGUGCCCUGGCGCGAGCGUGGGGAGGUGUCCCCUGGUUCUGGGGGACCCAAACCCUGUCAGAGCCGUCACCUGAGGGAACGUGUGUCCCCGUGGUGCCGGCUCCCCGUGUUUGUUUUAGCAGAAGCGUUGUUUUAUACUGCACCGCCAACCGGGUGGGAAAUGUCAGUGUCUGUUUUGCUCCAGAAAUAAUAAAAAAGAUCUCGGUGUUGUGGGGGA